GGGCGCAGGGCUGGGCUGGGCCCGGGCUGUGCGGGCGGCGGCGGCGGCGGCGGUGGCAGCGGUGACUGAGGGGCCGGGCCGAGUGCGUGCGGGCGGGAGCGGGCUGAAGCAGCUACCUGUACCUCCUUGCUAUCGGGCGGGGACGAUCGCGGGGACACCAUGGCCCCGCGGCUGCAGCUGGAGAAGGCCGCCUGGCGAUGGGCGGAGACGGUGCGGCCCGAGGAGGUGUCGCAGGAGCACAUCGAGGCGGCCUACCGCAUCUGGCUGGAGCCCUGCAUCCGGGGCGUGUGCAGAAGAAACUGCAAAGGGAACCCAAAUUGCUUGGUUGGGAUUGGAGAACAUGUCUGGCUGGGGGAAAUUGAUGAAAACAGCUUUCACAACAUUGAUGAUCCCAACUCUGAAAGGAGGAAAAAGAACUCAUUUGUGGGUCUAACAAACCUUGGAGCAACUUGCUACGUGAACACUUUUCUUCAGGUUUGGUUUCUUAAUCUGGAGCUUAGGCAGGCUCUGUAUUUAUGUCCAAGUACCUGUGGUGACCACAUGAUGGGAGAUGGCAUACAGGAAGAGAAAGAUUAUGAACCUCAGACCAUUUGUGAGCAUCUCCAGUACCUGUUUGCUUUGCUGCAGAACAGUAAUAGACGGUACAUCGAUCCAUCAGGAUUUGUUAAAGCCUUAGGCUUAGACACGGGACAACAACAGGAUGCCCAAGAGUUUUCAAAGCUGUUUAUGUCGUUAUUGGAGGAUACUUUGUCUAAGCAAAAGAAUCCAGAUGUACGGAACAUUGUCCAACAGCAGUUUUGUGGGGAAUACGCAUAUGUCACUGUAUGUAACCAGUGUGGUCGUGAGUCUAAACUUUUAUCAAAAUUUUAUGAACUGGAGUUAAAUAUCCAAGGGCAUAAGCAGUUAACAGAUUGCAUCACUGAAUUUCUCAAGGAAGAAAAAUUAGAAGGAGACAAUCGAUACUUUUGUGAAAACUGUCAGAGUAAACAAAAUGCAACGAGGAAGAUCCGACUACUCAGUCUUCCAUGUACACUUAAUUUACAGCUAAUGCGUUUUGUGUUUGACAGACAAACGGGACAUAAGAAAAAGCUGAAUACCUACAUUGGCUUCUCAGAACUUUUGGAUAUGGAACCUUACAUGGAGCAUAAAGAAGGCAUCUAUGUAUAUGAACUCAGUGCUGUCCUCAUACACAGAGGCGUAAGUGCAUAUUCGGGUCACUACAUUGCUCACGUGAAGGAUCCUCAGACUGGAGAAUGGUAUAAAUUCAAUGAUGAAGACAUAGAAAAGAUGGAGGGAAAGAAAUUACAACUAGGGAUUGAGGAAGAUCUAGAGCCUUCUAAGUCACAGACUCGUAAGCCUAAAUGUGGGAAAGGAACUCACUGCUCUAGAAAUGCCUACAUGUUGGUGUAUAGAUUACAGACCCAAGAGAAAUCUUCUCUGACAGUUCAAGUACCAGCUUUUCUUCAAGAGCUGGUAGACCGUGAUAACUCCAAGUUUGAGGAGUGGUGUGUGGAAAUGGCCGAAAUGCGUAAACAAAGUGUGGACAAAGGCAAAGCCAAACAUGAAGAGGUGAAGGAACUCUACCAAAGGUUACCUGCUGGAGCUGAGCCAUAUGAGUUUGUCUCACUUGAAUGGCUGCAGAAGUGGUUAGAUGAAUCCACCCCAACAAAGCCCAUUGAUAACCAUGCCUGCCUGUGUGCCCAUGACAAGCUGCAUCCUGACAAAAUAUCAAUCAUGAAGAGAAUCUCGGAAUAUGCAGCUGACAUUUUCUACAGUCGCUAUGGAGGAGGACCCCGGCUUAAUGUUAAAGCCCUUUGCAAAGACUGUGUGGUAGAGCGCUGUCGGGUGUUGAGGUUGAAGAACCAAUUAAAUGAAGAUUAUAAGAUUGUUACAAAUUUGCUGAAAACUACAGUGAAGGGUAAUGAAGGCUUUUGGGUAGGGAAAUCUUCCUUACGAAGCUGGCGACAGCUAGCCCUAGAGCAAUUAGAUGAGCAAGAUGUUGAUACAGACCAAAGCAAUGGGAAAAUGAAUGGUGACACCUUAAAUAAAGAUGAUUCAAAGGAUGACAAAAAAGAUGAGGAAGAGGAGUUAAAUUUUAAUGAAGACAUCCUGUGCCCCCAUGGUAAUUUAUGUAUAACAGAAAAUGAGAGACGACUUGUUUCUAAAGAGGCUUGGGGGAAACUGCUGCAAUACUUCCCAAAAGCUCCUGAAUUUCCAAGUUACAAAGAAUGCUGUUCCCAGUGUAAGAUUCUGGAAAGAGAAGGAGAAGAAAAUGAAGCCUUACAUAAGAUGAUUGCAAAUGAGCAGAAAACUUCUCUCCCCAAUUUGUUCCAAGACAAAAGCAGACCCUGUCUUAGUAAUUGGCCUCAGGAGACGGAUGUGCUUUAUAUUGUAUCCCAAUUUUUUGUAGAAGAAUGGCGGAAAUUUGUGAGGCGGCCUACCAGAUGUAGCCCUGUAUCAUCAGUAGGAAACAGUGCUCUUCUCUGUCCUCAUGGUGGACUUAUGUUUACUUUUGCUUCCAUGACCAAAGAAGAUUCUAAACUUAUAGCUCUCAUAUGGCCCAAUGAGUGGGAGAUGAUACAAAAGCUAUUUGUCGUGGAUCAUGUAAUUAAAAUUAACAAAGCUGAAACCGACGAUGCAAACCCUUCCCAGAUGCUGUACACGUUAGAACCCAGUCUUUGCCCAGAAUGCAGGGAAGGAUUAUUGUGUCAACAGCAGCGGGAUCUUCGGGAAUACACUCAAGCCACUAUAUAUGUACAUAAAGUUGUGGAUAAUAAAAAGGUAAUGAAGGAUGCAGCUCCAGAAUUGAAUGUUAGUAGCUCAGAAACUGAAGAGGACAGGGAGGAAACCAGACCUGAAGGGGAAAAAGACCCAGAUUUUAAUCAGACCAAUGGUGGAACAAAGAGGCAAAAAAUAUCCCAUCAGAAUUAUAUUGUUUAUCAGAAGCAAGUCAUUAGACGGAGCAUGAGGCACCGGAAAGUUCGGGGAGAAAAGGCGCUACUUGUUUCAGCUAAUCAGACAUUAAAAGAACUAAAAAUCCAGAUCAUGCACGCCUUCUCAGUAGCUCCUUUUGACCAGAAUCUCUCAAUUGAUGGGAAAGUCUUAAACGAUGACACCGCUACCCUGGGUACCCUUGGAGUCAUUCCUGAAUCCGUUAUUUUGUUAAAGGCAGAUGAACCAAUAGCAGAUUAUGCAGCAAUGGAUGAUGUUAUGCAAGUGUGUAUGCCUGAAGAGGGAUUUAAAGGGACUGGUCUCCUCGGACAUUAAUAAUAUGAAAAAUUGCUGAGUGCUUAAAGUGACCAUAAGGGAAGGAGGAGUUUGACAUUUUAGGGCAUUAUUGCAAAAGCGAGUUUUAUGAAUAAAUGGCUGCUUGACUCUUCCAGAAGGCAGGAAUCCAUUCAAAAGUGACUGUCCCAAAUGCCUUAUGUCAAAUAAAGCAGAUUGCACUGAAGGACAUCAGACUUCAAGGAAAUGUUUCCCAUUUUAUAUUUAAGGGGGGGAGGGGAAUUUGGGGUAAAGGGUGGGGCUUGGAUUAAGGCUGAACAAGUUUAGUAGCAGUAACAAUAUAUCAUGUUUACAUAUGAAAAUUUAUAGAGGGAAGGGAAAGAAAUCCGAUUGUGUUUCCUUGCCGAAAUUUCAUACUGGAGGCAUUUGUCCAUAAAGGAUUUGUAUUGCAGUAGAUGAACAGUUCUGUCUUCAGAAGUAAUUCUUUAUAGACCUGCUUACAGAUACCUGUCUUUAUUAAUCCACUGUUAUACUUUCAAUAAAGCAUGAAAGUAAACAAGUUGUUAAUUGUGAAAACAAUGUCUAGCUUUUUCAGAGGUAAUCUGCACUGACAUACCGAUCGCAGCCUACCCACCAAAGCUAGCCAGUGAUUGGUGUCCAGGGUUAGCAGUUUUAAAUGGGAAUCUUCAACCUCAGGGGUCUUUUGCUUGAGUGCAUUUUAGGAAUGAUGGGAAAUUGUAACCACUUUAAUUGGGUAGCAACUUGAGGAUGCCACUGCCUAGAGAGAGCCAUGCCCAGCACAUCCUGCCUACUUGUCAGGUUGGAAGCACCAACUUGACCUUAUCUAAAGUGACGUCCAUAUCAGGAAGAUUGAUGGACCUGAAAGUGAAUUUGGACAAUAUGUGGCUCUUCCCGACAUCGGAUUCUUCUCCCUUCCCCCUCCCUCUCCCCCCCCCCUCCAGUCCCUUUUGGUCUGUGGUUUCCAUGAAUUCCUUUGUGUUCUGGAAUGCCCAGUGUGUCGUCUUUUUUAUACCUAAUUAAAUGUUGUUGUUUUUCUCUGUGGAAAAUACAUGGCUACAAUGAUAUUUUAUCCAGCUUGCUACUAACUAGUCAGAUUGUCGGAAGCUGCCAGAAGCCAGCAGGUUGUCUUGAGGAUCCUGAAGGAUAAUUUGGUAUAACUUCAGACUGGUGUGCCCCUCUUUGACAAAGGCUGUUUCCUCCAUUCGCUUAUGGCAGGGAUGCUGAGGAGGGUUGGGGUGCUGGCACUCAGUUUUUGUGGUGGUUCUGUUUUAAGGCUUGUGUUUGUGUUUUGUUUUUUAUGAAACAUUGCUGAGAAUUUAACUCAGAAAAUAGAUUUAAUGAAGAAAAGCAUAUCUUCGUGUUGGGGUUGGGGCACUAAUCUUAAUAGUGUCCCUCUGCAACUCAUUUUUUUAUGAAAAUAAUUAUGACUGUACUGUAAAAUUAUCAAUCCUUGUUUGUUUUUUCUGUCUCUGUUUGUAAUAUAUUCAAUCUGUGCUCCCCGAGGAGGUGGGGGAAUAUUUAAUUAGUGUGUGUGGGUUAGUGAGAGUAGCACAAAGACUUGACAGAAAUCAUCCUAUGAAAAGCAGCUGGAGAGCUCUUGAUGGUAGCUUUGAAAUGAGCACAGGAAAGGGACUGAAAAAAACAGAGGCUGCGGCAAGCUCAUCUUGAUGUUGGCUUCCAGCCUCUUAUUUUGUGCCAGGAAAAGUGGGCUGGGUCUUCUGUGGAAUGAUCCCCCCAGUAUCUUCUUCUUUCCCAAGGUAAAGACUUCCGCAAACAUUUGCUCUGCUCCGCUUUAGUGCUUGAUGAAACGGCUGCCUUCUUUCUGCAGACAGAUCUGGGGCUGCAGCAAGAGCCUUGGUCUCAGGAUUGAUGCCCUCACUCCUGUACAUAGCCCCCAGAAAGUUGAUCUAUUUUUCUCAAUUUGCUGUUGAUAGCGUUUUUUUUAACUAGGGUCUUUUUCCUUGCAAACACAGCCUCUAAAUUAUGUAGGCCAAGUACUGUAAACUGGGAUGUAUAAGCAGUUACAAUUUGCAAAAAAUAAAUGGCUGUAUUCAAUGCUCUUGACCUUGUGUACAGGGAAAACAGGUACAAGAUGGAAUUUUGAAGGUCCAUUGACUGACUGUUCUGUCUGUAUUUGCAAAUAUAUUGGACUAAAUUGUUAUCUGAAUUGUGGAUACCUUAUUAAAGUAUGCGGCAUUGUCAA